CCCGCCCUCCCUCCGCGUCCUCUGCGGUCCAACCUCCUUUGGAGACGCCGGGUCUGGCGAAGCUGCGCCCGGCCUCUCCCGCUUUUCCAGACCGCUGACUCCUGUCCGCCGCCAUGGCAGAGUUGGGUCUAAAUGAGCACCAUCAAAAUGAAGUAAUUAAUUACAUGCGUUUUGCUCGUUCAAAAAGAGGCUUGAGACUCAAAACUGUAGAUUCCUGCUUCCAAGACCUCAAGGAGAGCAGGCUGGUGGAGGAGACCUUCACCAUAGAUGAAGUCUCUGAAGUCCUGAAUGGGUUACAGGCUGUGGUCCACAGCGAGGUGGAGUCUGAGCUCAUCAACACGGCCUACACCAAUGUGCUACUUCUGCGGCAGCUUUUCUCACAAGCUGAGAAGUGGUACCUCAAGCUACAGACAGACAUCUCUGAACUUGAAAACAGAGAAUUAUUGGAACAAGUUGCAGAAUUUGAAAAAGCAGAAUUUACAUCUUCAAAUAAAAAGCCAUGGAAGCUCUUCACUCAGAUGAUGCAGAGCACAGGCUUUGGGGGCAUGCAUCCUGGCACUGUCACCCCUCAGCUGUGCGACCUCGAAAGCCAAAACUUGCUUCCACUUAAUGAAGGUGGAACAGCAGAACUCCUAAACAAGGAAAUUUUAAGACUUCAAGAAGAGAAUGAGAAAUUAAAGUCAAGGCUGAAGAUCCUUGAAACACAGGCAACAAAUGCAUUGGAUGAGAAGUCAAAACUAGAAAGAGCACUGCAAGAUUUACAGCUUGAUCAAGGAACUCAAAAGGAUUUUAUGAAGGCCCAAGACUUGAGUGACUUGGAAAACACAGUUGCUGCUUUAAAGAGUGAGUUUCAGAAGACACUUAAUGACCAGACAGAAAACCAGAAGUCCCUGGAGGAGAGUCUAGCGACAGCCAAGCAUGACCUACUCAGGGUGCAGGAGCAGCUGAGCAUGGCUGAAAAGGAAUUAGAGAAAAAAUUCCAACAAACAGCAGCUUAUCGAAACAUGAAAGAGAUUCUCACCAAGAAGAAUGACCAAAUCAAAGACCUGAGGAAAAGAUUGGCAAAAUAUGAACCUGAAGAUUAAAAACUGAAGAAGAUUUCAUCUGGAAGCUGUCACAACAUGAAAGUACAAGCUGUUUCUCACCUCAGGCAUGUAUUUGAAGCAGUUUGUUGUAUUCCCUCUCUUUAUUUUUCUAAUAUUUAGACUUUGCUUCUAAUAUUUAGAACUAGAGUUCCUAUUUCAGUUACCUAAUUGAGAAGAGAGAAAACCUACUGACUGAUUCUGGCCUGUCAUCCCAAACUCCUCUCUGCUGAGUGCUCCAGAAUCUUAGUUCAAAUGCAGUGAGAAUUCUUUAUAGUAAAGAAGAGGCUUAUCCUUCUGCAUUAGUGUAAAGAGCACACCUUUUCAAUAAAUGUUAAAGCUAGCAUCGUCUAAACUUGUGCAUUCCCCAGAGUAAAAGUGUAGAAUUAUUAAAGAUAGUUAUUACAAAUAAACCUUAUUUUUUAACAUGAAAUCUAAUUUGUUUUCUCUAUGUGAUCAUCAAAAAAAUAUGAAUUUAUUGAAAAUGUGAAUACCAUCUAUUAUAGGCAUCAUUUUUACCAAUUAUAAUGAAAAUUAACAGUGAACAUGAGGGUUCGGUUAACUCCUUCGGUCUCUCUAGCUAAAUGCUGAGGAGGGUCAGACAUUUUUUGCAGCAUAACUUAGGAGUCCGUAUUAC